AUGAUGCCUCAGUGGGGAAAGCGAAGCACAAUAUUACCAACUGCGGAUGCAGAUACACUAUCGAUUCCAGAUCAAAUCCCAAAUCGGGGCGACGACUAUCACCUUGCUGAAGAAGGCGACAAUAACAGUGGAAAUGGCAGCAAAGCCGAAACUGGGAGCCACGUCUCUCAAGAAGGGCGUGUAAAUAACAACUCUUCGAUUGAUCGAACUUUUAUUGAUACUUCUGGGCAACGAGAAUCGCUACUGCAACAACAGCCAACGCAACAACCAACACAAGAGCCAAUGCAACAGACAGACUCACUAGCUAACACUAUUGAAUCUAUUGCAAGGGCUCUCAAUAUCCAAGAGAAAAGUCCAACGUUGACCAUGGAGACUUUACAGACAUAUUUUUCGGACCUCAACUCAAAAAAAGAAACGCAAAAGUCAGCUGUCUCCAUGGUUCAACUGAUCCACCGCGUGUACAGAAGGACUAAAAGGGUAUCAUCAGAACAUCUUUAUCUUGAUCAACCCCAAUGGUUAGCGGGAGAAACAUCAUCCAGAGCUGCUUUUGCGGGUAAUCUCCCUGUGCACAACAUUCCGGCGUAUCUCUCAAAGCACCCGGAAAUCUGUUGUGUUAUAUAUCGGGACUAUGAUAUUUCCUCCUUCAUUGGUAAAGAACCCCCGGAUGAAGAUUUGAACACUCCAGUCAGCCCAGAGCAAACUGGGGAGUUUAUUGAGCCUGUAUCCAGAAGUCUCACCAGCGCGGUAGCUAGAUUUUUUGACUACUACAAGUUCAAUACGGAUGCCGUGGCUAGCUUCAACUCAUUAAAGCUUAUAGCUCCAUAUGUUACGAUUUAUUAUGCCCGGGAAAAAGGUUUACCAUCUUUUAUGGCUACUUUGGAAAGAAGACAGCAUGCUCAAUUCCAAACGGUGCUUGAUUACAUACUCUCUCGAUAUGAGAAUGACUAUGGCAUUUUUGACGAGAUGACCAGCAAAGGCAAGAUCUCGCAGGCUUAUAUCGAAUAUCUCUUCAAGCCCGGCGACACCAUAGUACUUGGAAAGGAUCAAGAGGCAAGAGGUUGCUUGUGCAAGACUUGGCUUCGGAAGAAUACGACCAAGAGUACAGAUUUCCAUCAAGAAGUUCCAAAUCAGGAUAAGAUUAAGUCGACUUUCGAACUGGAAGCCUGGUCAUGGGACUUUGACGGCGAAUUCUUAAAAAAGGAGUCGAAUAUUCUCAUGGAAUUUGAUGUCAAGGACUACUCAGAGAAGAACAUUAGUGACCUAAGCCUCCGACCCCUCCGUUUUGUGGAUGGAGCUACGGAAACAAGAUUGAAAACGAGAGGAGAAUGGUUCUGGAAAUGCCGUGAGAGGCAAAUGGUAUCUUACGAUGAUACGCUCCAAGGGCUUCAUCACUCCUGCCAUGAGCGAUAUAUGAUUGACAUGGCGAUGUAUCGCGAUUUACACAAAUCCGAGUCUAGCGCUACCAAGCGGGCUGAUGUUGGCUAUUUUUCACCUGAGACGAUGAGGCAGGAAAAUCCUCCUGAUGAGAACUUCAUUCAUCUGGCGCCCCUAACGCUAAAGGCAUACAACCUCAAGAAGAAGAAGUGGAUGAAUGUAAAGCUUGAUGGACUUCGCCAGGUUUCAUGGAACACAAGAGCGUUUGAGCGCCUCGUUCUCAAUAAAAAAACGAAACGAUUGAUUCAAGCCCUCAUUAGCAAUCAAAUCGAAGCCGAAAAAUCCACCGAUCUGAUCAGUGGCAAGGGAAACGGCUUAAUCAUGUUACUCCAUGGGGGUCCAGGUACAGGGAAGACUUUGACUGCUGAGAGUGUGGCCGAAAUCGCCAGGAAGCCACUCUACCCGGUCACCUGUGGAGACAUUGGAACCAAGCCAGAAGAGGUCGAGAACUACCUCGAGUACGUCCUUCAUCUCGGAAAGACUUGGGGGUGUGUAGUUUUGCUCGACGAAGCAGACGUGUUCCUGGAGCAACGCGGUUUGGAAGACCUUCAUCGAAACGCGCUGGUGUCAGUAUUUCUGCGAGUUCUUGAGUACUAUGAUGGCAUUUUGAUCUUGACGAGCAACCGGGUUGGUACCUUUGACGAAGCGUUCAAGUCACGGAUUCAGCUGGCAAUUCACUACGGUAGCCUGACGACACAUCAAAGAACCAAGAUAUGGGAGAAUUUCGUAGAUCGUUUGAGAGAGUUGAAUGAAGAGGGAAUCGAUUUCGAUGAUCUGGAGGAUAAUAUCGAGCAGUUAGCUAAGAAGGAGAUGAAUGGGAGAGAGAUUCGCAACGCCAUUACGACGGCGAGGCAGUAUGCGAGGUGGGAGCGACAACAGGAUCAACGUUUCAAGCUGAAUUAUAACGUGGUGAAGGAAGUUAUUGAAACUGCUGGAGAAUUUGACGCGUAUAUUAACACUUUGAACGGCGGAUUGACACCAGAGCAGGUGGCAAAGGAGGACGGAAUACGCUAG